GUGGCGAAGAGAGGACCAGUCGCCAGGUAUCCUCCGAAGCAGACCAAUGAAAAAGCAGGCCUUAUCUUAACCUUAUCUCCUCCCUCCGAUUAUUACAUCUCUUUCUUCUUCUGAUUUCUGUGAACACAAAAACAAAAGGAGUCAGUCGCCAUGGCAGCCUCUCUCCAAGCCGCCGCAACUUUCCUCCAUCAGUCUAAGAUCUCCGCCGCUCCUUCCCGCGGAGGCCAUCUCCGGUCGUCUCGUAUCACCUGCUCAAUCCAGUCUGACCUCAAGGACUUCGCCGGCAAAUGCUCAGACACCGCCAAGAUCGCCGGCUUCGCUCUCGCCACCUCUGCUCUCGUCGUCUCGGGAGCGAAUGCGGAGGGGGUGCCGAAGAGGCUGACGUUUGACGAGAUCCAGAGUAAGACAUACAUGGAGGUGAAGGGGACCGGAACGGCUAACCAGUGCCCGACUAUCGACGGCGGCUCGGAGACGUUCGAGUUCAAGGCUGGUCAAUACUCCGGCAAGAAGUUCUGCUUCGAGCCGACGUCGUUCACCGUCAAGGCCGAGGGUAUCAGCAAGAACGCACCUCCUGAGUUUCAGAACACCAAGCUCAUGACCCGCCUCACCUACACCCUCGAUGAGAUCGAAGGACCCUUUGAUGUCUCUUCCGACGGAACCGUCAAGUUCGUGGAGAAAGACGGCAUCGACUACGCCGCGGUCACCGUCCAGCUUCCGGGAGGGGAGAGAGUGCCGUUCCUGUUCACAGUGAAGCAGCUCGAGGCAUCUGGAAAGCCCGACAGCUUUAGCGGGAAAUUCUUGGUGCCGUCGUACCGUGGCUCGUCCUUCUUGGACCCAAAGGGACGUGGUGGCUCAACCGGUUACGACAACGCGGUGGCCUUACCAGCCGGAGGGAGAGGAGACGAGGAGGAGCUGACGAAGGAGAACAUCAAGAAUGCGGCGUCUUCCACCGGAGAGAUCACUCUGAAGGUCACGAAGAGCAAACCUGAGACGGGAGAGUUGAUCGGAGUGUUCGAGAGCAUUCAGCCUUCGGACACUGACUUGGGCGCUAAGGUUCCUAAGGAUGUUAAGAUCCAAGGCAUUUGGUACGGUCAGCUCGAGUGAUCUUUUCUUGUCCAUUCUCUAUGUAUUUUAUCACAUCUUGAUUUGAAGCUUCUUCCUAAGGAUCUUAUAAUUUCACGUCCUCGGCUACCAACUCGAA